AGCACGGGUCACCUCGCCGGGAUCCCACCUCGCCAGUGCCGCCUCGCCGCUCUCCCACAUCGUGUCCUCCGCCCCUUCGCACGGACGCACACGCACCUCACCUCUCACAAUUCCACACCUCACCUCUCCGCUUCGCUUCUUGUCGCUGCGGCGCGCGGCCAUGGUCUCCCUCCGCUUCCCUACCGCUGCCAUCCCCCGCCUCCCGCCAUCCCAGGCCCCCAACGGCGUCGCCAUCGCUGCCACGGUCGCCGCUGCAGCCGCGGCCGCAGCUGCAGUAGCGGCCAGCUUGACCCUCACGGGCAAGUCCACUGGCCGGCCAGUCCCGCACCCUGCCCCUCUCUGGGCCUCCCUCUCCCUGGCCGACGCGGCGGCCCCCAGCUCCGUCGAACCCCGGACCGGCGCGACAUUCCCCACCGAGGCCGCCGUUGGGCGCCGCCUACUCGGCAUAGGCCUCCGGAAGACCAGCGUCCUCGGGCUCAAGUCCAUCGACGUCUACGCAUUCGGCGUGUAUGCGGAUGACAACGAUUUGAAACAGCAGCUGAAGGAGAAGUACUCGAAGUUCUCGGUCUCGGAACUGAAGGGAAACGGUGAGCUGAUCAACGAUGCGCUAGAGCGUGACAUACCGAUGACGGUCAGGCUGCAGAUUGUUUAUGGGAGGCUGAGUAUUCGCUCGGUUCGCAGCGCAUUUGAGAAGAGUGUGGGAAGUAGGCUUCAGAAGUUCGGUGGACAAGACACCAAAGAGUUGCUUCAGAGCUUUGUUGCGGUUUUCAAGGAUGAAUACAAAUUACCAAAGGGGUCUGUGAUUGAGCUUUCGAGAGAAUCUAACCAUGUCCUUAAAAUUUGCAUUGAAGGCGAGGAAGUGGGGAGCAUUCAGAGCAAGCUCUUGUGCAAGUCUCUCUUAGAUCUCUAUAUCGGAGAUGACCCCUUUGACGAAAAUGCGAAAGACGACAUCCAUGAAAAUAUAGCUAGCAUUCUUAAAAGUUAAAUGGGAUGCUUAAGGAAGGUUACAUGGAACUGGGAGAUUUUUCAGGGAAGAUAUUUUUAAUUCCAGCAAUACCUCGACUGUGCCUAGUAAGUAGCGCACAAGUUUUUUUCAGUAGCGCGUGAGGAAAAGGAUAGAUCCUUCCAAGUACAGCCUUUU